GACACACCUCCAUGAUAAAGUCUACACCAUAUAUAGAUGGACUAGACUAUCAUAUCUCACCAUUCAUCCACACCUACUGUCCUUUGGAAUAGACCUGUCUAGAAUAUGUCUCAUUGAGAACCCACUGGUCAAUGAGACACUCUACUGUCCUUGCAUUAGAAACCCUACACCUGUGGACAUCAUGCAUAACCUACCCCUCCUCCUCCCCUCCAUCCAUUGCUGAUAAUAUAUCCUCAGAUAACAUUACCAUCAUUCAUGACUACCUAACUAUCAAUGAGACUUAUGGACGCUCUACUUUAUUGAAGUACUUUAGUGAACAUCAUCAGUCACCAAGUGCUUGUUUGCAUAAUGUAAUGGGGAAAGAAGGUCCUAGUUCCGUUGGUGAUAUCGUUAAUGAUAAUAAAUGGAAGGAGUUUAUGGAGGCUAAGGAACCAUGGGGUUAUAUGUGGCAUGAUUGUCAUGAUUUCUCACCAUUGCGUCCAUACUUACCUCAAAUUAAUGAUAAUAAUAUCAAGGAAAGCAAUGUAACAGUCUACACCUUAUUAACAAGAUGGCAGAAAGCAUUUUCUUAUGAAUUUGAUGAUGUUGACAUGAAUUCAGUGGUGCUAUUGGUAAUACAAGGUACUGUACACAUUAAGAUUGAUCCAAACAGACACUGUGUGCAGUAUUGCAUUGAACAAACUAAAAAGAUGAUAAUGAACCAGGGGGACAUUUUGAUUUAUGAUAAAAGGUAUUGGAUAUACAUUGCCAGAAGUUGGAGUGAGACAACAUUUCUAUUGACAAUACCUUUUAUCAAAUCAUCAAUUAAUAAUAAUUAAUAAUGCAAGCACUCAUGCAUGUGUGGGUG